GCUGCACAUUUGGUCUUUUUCUCCCUCACUUCAACUGGACAAUCUGAUCACAUCUCUCUCCCUCUUCUCUGCUCUCCCUGCGCCGGAGCCGGGACCUUUGCCGUGGCUAUUUCCCCGAUCGAAACCCUAACUCACGCCUUUUCGUCUUCUUCAAUCUCUGCAAAUGAGCCAAUUUUUCGUUUUCUGACAGCGUAGUAGUCAAAAUCAGCCGAGAUGUCUCGGCAAACGCCGUCUGCUCACAAGUCCAAGACCCUCGACAACAAAUACAUGCUUGGAGAUGAGAUUGGAAAAGGAGCAUAUGGUCGAGUAUAUAAGGGUCUGGAUUUGGAGAACGGAGACUUUGUUGCAAUUAAACAAGUUUCUUUGGAGAAUAUUGCCCAGGAGGAUCUCAACAUUAUCAUGCAAGAGAUAGAUUUACUGAAGAAUUUGAACCACAAAAAUAUUGUGAAAUAUCUUGGAUCCUUAAAGACUAAGAGUCACCUCCACAUAAUUCUUGAAUACGUGGAAAAUGGCUCACUAGCAAACAUUAUCAAGCCAAAUAAAUUUGGACCCUUUCCAGAAUCACUGGUUGCGGUUUACAUUUCACAGGUUUUGGAAGGCUUGGUAUAUCUACACGAACAGGGUGUAAUUCAUCGGGACAUCAAGGGUGCUAAUAUAUUAACAACUAAAGAGGGUCUUGUGAAACUUGCUGAUUUUGGUGUUGCAACAAAAUUAACUGAGGCUGAUGUUAACACACAUUCUGUUGUUGGUACACCGUAUUGGAUGGCCCCAGAGGUCAUUGAAAUGUCAGGGGUCUGUGCUGCUUCUGACAUUUGGAGUGUAGGCUGCACUGUGAUUGAACUUCUUACAUGUGUGCCUCCUUACUAUGAUCUACAACCCAUGCCAGCUUUAUUUCGCAUUGUUCAGGAUGAGCAUCCUCCAAUACCUGAUAGCUUGUCUCUUGACAUAACCGAUUUUUUGCGACAAUGCUUUAAGAAGGAUGCUAGACAAAGGCCUGAUGCGAAGACACUGCUUUCUCACCCAUGGGUACUAAAUGGUAGGCGUGUUUUGCCGUCUCCAAUCCGACAGACUACCUCACUAAGAAACAUAGAAGAAGAUGUCCCAGCAGAUGUUGAAAUCUCCAAUGUAGAUAAUCAGAGCUUUGGUGGAAGCCCUUCAGUGGAGAAAGUAGAAGUAGCUGCUUCUGCAAUUAAAGCUGACUCUAGGAAUGAGUUAUCAUCAAGUGAGGUUGUGGACAUAACGAAGUCUGGUCAAAUUCCUGCUUCACAUUCAAACUCUGUUGAUGAGAGGGCAGAGAACCUGGAAGAUGAUCAAUCAGAUCAGGUUCCAACCUUAGCUAUCCAUGACAAGUCAUCCCUACAGAACGGUUUUGGCAGUGUAUCUUCUAAUAGGGUGGUGACUACCACUGAUCAAGCUGAGCUUCUUGAGCUACCUCAACCAAGUUCUAGUGAUGAAGUCUUGGUCAAUGGUAAUGUAGGAUCCCCUGUUCUGAAGAUGGAAAAUGGUGGGAAACCAAGUUUUUCAUCCAUUGCAAGUAGACCAUCUGGUUUUGGACAAAGAAAUCAGGAUAACGGUCUUCAAAAGGUGGCUAAAAAGGCAGUCGCCACGGGAGGCAAUGAGCUGAGUAGAUUUAGUGACACUCCAGGAGAUGCUUCGUUGGAUGAUUUAUUUCAUCCAUUGGAUAGACAUCCAGAGGACCGGACAACAGAGGCUUCAACGUCUGCAUCUGCAUCACAUCUAAACCAAGGGAAUUCCCCAGUCAAUGAUUCUGGGAAAGUUGACCUGGCGACAAAGCUGAAUAAUUAUAUAAAUCGAAAACAAAUGGAGAGUGAAAUGGGGCAGGAAAAUGGUGGUGGUGGUGGUAACUUAUUAAGAUAUAUCAUAGGUUAUCAAGACGUGAUUGACAUUGAUGGUUUGGUUUUUGAUGAAAAGUUGCAAGGGGAAAAUCUGUUCCCUCUACAGGCUGUUGAGUUUACCAGGUUAGUUCAGUCUUUGAAACCUGAAGAAUCAGAAGAAGCGAUCGUGUCUGCUUGUCAGAAACUUAUUGCCAUCUUUCGUCAACGCCCUGAGCAAAAAAUUGUUUUUGUUACCCAGCAUGGUUUGCUUCCUUUAAUGGAAUUGCUUGAGGUCCCUAAAACUCGUGUUAUUUGUUCUGUGCUUCAAAUUAUAAAUCAGAUCAUCAAAGAUAAUACUGACUUCCAGGAAAAUGCUUGUCUUGUUGGUCUGAUCCCUGUGGUAAUUGGCUUUGCUGUACCUGAUCGACCCCGGGAAGUUCGUAUGGAGGCUGCUUAUUUUUUGCAGCAGCUUUGUCAGUCAAGUUCUUUGACAUUGCAAAUGUUCAUAGCUUGUCGUGGGAUCCCUGUUUUGGUAGCAUUCCUAGAGGCUGAUUAUGCAAAGUACAGGGAAAUGGUUCAUCUAGCUAUUGACGGCAUGUGGCAGGUUUUUAAGCUUCAGCGGUCAACACCUAGAAAUGAUUUUUGUCGUAUAGCUGCAAAGAAUGGAAUUCUUUUGAGGCUUAUAAACACUCUUCAUAGUUUGAAUGAGGCUACUCGUCUAGCUUCUAUUUCUGCUGGGGGUGGAUUUCCGCUCGAGGGACCAGUUCAACGGCCACGAUCUGGUCAAUUAGAUGCCAGCCAUCCCAUUUUUUCUCAAAGUGAGGCCCCAUAUUCUCCAUCUGAUCAUCAUGUUUCUACUACAGUAUCAGAAGCUUCACGUGCUUCAGUUUCACUUUCUCAAAGGGUAGAUGGCAAUCACUCUGAUAUGCGAUAUCCUCACAUGGAUACCGGUAGACCACAAUCUAGCAAUGUAGCAGCAGAUGUAUCAGUUCCUUCAAAAUUGUCUGAGCAAACAUCUUCAGAAAAAGCAUCAAAUCUAGGUACUAAGGAAUCUUCUUUGGUGAUUAAUAAAGAGAGAGAAAAUUUAGACCGGUGGAAGAUUGAUCCCUCAAGAGCAGCAGAUGUUGGGCUUAGAUCACAGAGAGUCGCUAAUAUGGCAAAUACAACAUCUGUAGAUAGGCCUCCAAAGUUGAUAGAAGGUGCAUUAAAUGGGUUUGCCACAACAGGAGCUACUCAGCCAGAGCAAGUUCGGCCUCUGCUAAGCUUACUGGAUAAGGAACCCCCUUCACGACAUUUCUCUGGUCAGCUUGAUUAUGUACGCCAUUUCUCAGGACUGGAAAGGCAUGAAAGCAUAUUACCUCUCUUACAUGCAUCACAUGAGAAGAAGACAAAUGGUGAACUGGAUUUUUUGAUGGCCGAAUUUGCAGAUGUCUCUCAACGUGGAAGAGAAAGUGGAAAUUUUGAUUCCACUGCACGAAUUUCUUAUAAAACAGUAAAUAAAAAGAUUGGACCGAUAUCAUCUAAUGAAGGUGCUGCAUCAACAUCUGGAAUUGCAUCUCAGACUGCAUCUGGUGUACUGUCAGGUUCAGGUGUUCUAAAUGCUAGACCGGGGAGUGCAACAUCAUCGGGAUUACUUUCCCACAUGGUGUCAACAUUAAAUGCCGAUGUUGCUAGGGAUUAUCUAGAAAAGGUUGCAGAUCUUCUGCUUGAGUUUGCCCAAGCAGAUACAACAGUAAAAUCUUACAUGUGCAGCCAAAGCUUGCUCAGUCGUCUCUUUCAGAUGUUCAAUAGAGUUGAGCCCCCAAUUCUUUUAAAGAUAUUAAAGUGCAUCAACCAUUUGUCAACUGAUCCAAACUGCUUAGAGAAUCUUCAGCGUGCAGAUGCAAUUAAGUAUUUGAUUCCAAAUCUUGAAUUAAAAGAAGGAUCUCUUGUAUCUCAAAUACAUUAUGAGGUCCUCAAUGCAUUAUUCAACCUGUGUAAGAUAAACAAGAGGAGACAGGAGCAGGCAGCUGAAAAUGGAAUAAUUCCACAUUUGAUGCAGUUUAUUGAGUCUGAUUCUCCCUUGAAAAGAUAUGCUUUGCCUCUAUUAUGUGACAUGGCUCAUGCAUCCCGUAAUUCUAGGGAGCAGUUAAGGGCCCAUGGUGGAUUGGAUGUGUAUUUAAGUCUCCUUGAGGAUGAGUUCUGGUCUGUGACUGCAUUGGAUUCAAUUGCUGUUUGCUUAGCUCUAGACAAUGACAAUCGAAAAGUGGAACAAGCAUUAUUGAAGAAGGAUGCAGUUCAAAAGCUAGUGAAGUUUUUCCAGUCCUGUCCAGAACAACAUUUUGUCAACAUAUUGGAUCCAUUCUUGAAAAUUAUCACAAAAUCAUCUCGUAUCAAUACCACAUUAGCUGUUAAUGGUUUGACACCCUUGCUCAUUGCAAGGUUAGACCAUCAGGAUGCUAUACCUCGUUUGAAUCUUCUGAAACUGAUAAAGGCUGUUUAUGAGCACCACCCAAGACCAAAGCAGUUAAUUGUGGAGAAUGAUUUGCCCCAAAAGCUUCAGAAUUUAAUAGAAGAACGCAGAGACGGACAGCGCUCUGGCGGCCAGGUUUUGGUGAAGCAAAUGGCCACUUCUCUUUUGAAAGCACUUCAUAUUAACACCGUCUUGUAAAUCCAGGGUAUAAUGAUCUUUUAGAUUGAUUGUACAUUUGAUUGCAUAGGUUACAUAUAAGUGUCGUUUUGGGGUAUAGAAGAAGUUAUAGUCCUUUUCGUUUUAUUUAUUUAUCUUUUUGUUUUCCCCAAAAAUUGAAAGGGAAAAAGAAUCUGGGUGGUGUUGCGCUAUCGUAUCGUAUCGUGUGCUUGAGUGACUUGUGUUUGUUGUUUCAAUUCAACGUUUUGUUUCCUCCAUCUCCCCCUCUCUUUGUUUUAUUUUAUUCGAUUUGGUUAUUAUUUACCUCCAUUGGCCAACAACUUUUAUAGACAAUUAAAGUUUUUAAUGACAUUAUAUAUGGUUUGACUUGA